CUCUGGAUACAGCUCUCUGCAGAGCAACUGAAGACUGGCCUUCAAGAGACAGUCCCCAGGCACACAGAAAAUGUGAAUCUGGACUACAGCUGUGAGGCAUAAGCUCACAGAUGCAAAGAAGGACCGAAUUCUACAUCUACAGCUCUGGGACAGCCUAGAAACAGGUUCUUGGCUUAAAAAUCACAGAGCACUGCUCAACUCUGGCUUACAGUAGUGCAGGGGACUGAACUUGAGAUUUCAGGAGGCUCAGCAUGGCCACAGCACAGUCCAUCCAGGAUGAGCUCUUGCUCAAAGAUGAAAACAUGAAAGUUCUCCAAGACUUGCUGAGAAAAGUCGGACUGAAUGUUCAGUACUGGCUGCCCCAGCUGCAGCAACAACUGAGCAUCACCAGCAUUCAAGCCUUACAACACCUAGAAGAGAAAGACUUUGAGAAGCUGACAUCCCAGGCAAGCCAUCCCUGGGAGAAAAAAGCACUAGAGAAGUUGUUUAAUCUCUCUCAUUCAAAGAGUUCUGCAGAUUCAGGAGAGUCUCGUGUGGAAAUGAUAAAGAAAGGGCACAAUCAGGUGCAGCAAGCACUGCAAGAAGAAAGAAACUUUCCACCUAAAAGGAAGCAGAGACAGGAAAAAGCAAUGAGAACAAUGAAAGGAGAGCCGAGGCAUGUAAUGGCGAAUCCCAGUGAAUACCACCAACUCUUGGGAAAGGCAUCAGAAAAGAGUAUUAGCCAUCCCCCAAGAGAAACUGCGCAAAAUAUGAAGAGACCACACAGCCUCACUGUGGAGACACUGUCCUACAGACAAAAUCUCCCAGACAGAGAUCUCCUGAGGUGGGCAUCUGGAGGACUGGCCCUGCAGGGAAUUUACAAAACAAAGUACCAAACUGGGCUGAUGAAAAUGACUGAGGAACUACUCACAGUCCCAGAAGAAUUUUCAUUCUUUGGUCCUGAGCAAGGCACUCGAAUGGGAUCAAAGGAAUUUAGUUCUCCUCAAGAAGAAGCUAUGUUCACCCAAACUAUGGAAAAGUUGGGCUUCAGUGUAACUACUCCAGACAAAGGCAGUUGUUGGGGAUUUAGUCUUAAUGCUGACCUAGAAGACAACAAAUAUUUAGAACCCAGUGAAACCAAAAAGACAUACUCUGAGUACACUUACUGCUGCUUAACCAAGUUCAAUUAUAUCCCACUAGCUUCUUAUCACUUUCCCUUUGAUCAGCUCCAGUUCUCCAAGGCUGCUCUUCAGGAGUUGAAGCAAAUUGAAGACCUGUUGGGAAAGAAUGCAGACCCAGACAGUGUCCCCUUGUGGAGAAGCAGGACCGAAGUCUUCUUCCAAAGGUUUGGCUCUCAUGCUAACCAGGGCCCUCUGCAUCUGGGAGGAAUCUUCUGGUGGAAAGUCAUUUCAGAGGGAUUCCAAAGUGAGCAGUUGGAAGAAGUGAAACAGCAGUUAGCAGAGACUCUGGAGAUUUACAUAAGGGAAAGCUACAGUGGCUAUUGGGUGAAUUUUGCAGAAGUGGAUGCAUCAAACUCUUUUGCAAAAAUUGAUUCUCACAAAACAAAUUCCCAGAAUCUCCAAGCCAAGAUCCAGUUAUCUGUGGAACAAACAGGUGGCCCACCAGAAGCAAAUAGUUUUUGCCAAUGGAAAGCUGGGCUAGUUACCAGUAAUCAAACAUGGUAUGUCAUUGACCGAGGUCUUCAGCUGGUGCCCAUUUGGGACAUCCUCCUCUCCAACCACAGAAAAGAUUUUAAGAACCCUCUUCAGGUAGCUAACUGCCUGAAAGACAGCUACACAGCUCUGACUGGCCUCACUGCUUGCAGCUGGAAUGGAGAAGAAUUACUGAGAGCCAAGAAGGAAGUUAUGAUUUUCCUAGAGGAUGUGAAAUCCUGGGAGGUCUCAGAUCCUGAAGAACAGCUUAAAAAACUAAUAGAUUUCAAGCAAACGCUGAGUCAAAACAGCAGUGACAUUUGGGUUAACAUAUGCCUCACAGAUUGGGGCCUACAGAAUUUUCUAGUGAACAUAGUCAACUUUUGCAAAGAGGCCUCAAUAUCUAAUAUAAGACUUAUUAAAUCUCAGUUGCACAGUCUUCUGGAUCCUCAUGUCUACACGCUGGCAGACUUUCCUCAGGCUCAUUACAUCGUGCAGUGGAUCUCCCAGUCCGAGUCAGAGCAACAGUGCAUCAACAACUCUCAAUAUUCUAAACUCAUUCAAAGCUUAAAAGAAACCCAGAAUGAAAUCAUGGAAGCAAUGGCUACAUCUGAAUCCCUAAAAACCAUGGAGGAAGCAAAAAGAAAGGCCACUAAUGUGGUUACUUCAUCACUUCGAUUUUGCUUGAAUUACUACCAGCAAACAGAUCAACCAGACUUACAACUCUUACUACUGUCCAUUGCAGCUGGUGCAGGAUAUCACGUGGUUAAUAAUACUUUCCAGUAUCUCUUGGGGUCUGAUGAAUUACACUUUCUACUGACUGAAAUACAAACUGCCCAUGAUAAAUACCAGGAACUUAAAAAUACUUGCAGCUACAGUGCACAGGCAUUCCUGGUGCUCACAGGUCUGACAGCUACUGCUGGAGUCACAGCUGUUUCUCCAGAGGAGAAACAGCAACGUUUGACCUUAAUAACAUUUUACAUAGGACAGUCAUUGUCCGAAGAAGUUGAAUAUGCCCUCACUAGACUCAGAAUGGAUUAUGACUGGGAAAACUUGGAGAAAGACCUAAAACUGCUCAUAACUGGGGAUUGUGAGGACACCACAAACUUACUGCAAAUGAAUGAGGGGGAAAAGCAAUUGCAAAGUAUCUCCUGUGGAAAAAAGCAGCCACAUGAUAAUGAAAAUAGCAUGUGUGAGGUCACAGAAAAUACAGCCUUCCUAGAGUUACUCCAGCGCUUAGGUCUCAAACAUUAUUAUCCCAAAAGGAUGAGCAGAGCUAACUUUCACAUGAUCUACAACAAGUCUGUGUACAACACCCAGCCCAGUUCUGAGCAGGAGCUUCCCUUCUAUUUCCUACAGAAACUACUGGUGCUUGAUUGUGGGCUGAGAUACCUGGUCUUCAAAGAAGAUGAAAAAGCACAGAAUCAAGUCUAUCCAAGUGCCCAAAACCAGGAAAAUAAGGCAGUGGAUCCAUAUGAAGGCUUUUUGGAAAACAUUGACCAUUCCAAUAAUCCUUCCGUUAUCAAAUCUAGACCCCACAUUCAUCCAAUGGAUAUCCAGAUGGCAAUUCUUCACUGUGCAGAUGAUUUUGCCAGACAAUAUAUUUUGGGAAAACUGUCCACAUGUCAGUUUGCUCUCCCCCUCCUAAUACCCAGUCCCUGCUGUUCUCAAAUUGAAUUCUCUCUCUGGUCUCUCAGUCAAGUUAGGAGAAGCUGGCAAGAAAGGAAAAAAUCACCACAAGAGGAAAAUACCAAUUUCAAGAAUCAACAGAUGUGUUGUGUCUCUGCGCCGAUAGUGUCCUUUAUUAGAGUUGGAGAUGGCUUCUCUGCUUCCAAGUCUCGGAUCAUGAACUGUCUUCUCAGCAAACGUAAGCAUGAUAUCUUUUUUCACCGUCACUGCAAGGGAAGCACCACAGACUGUCUCUUGAUGGAGGGUGUGGUGGAAAUCUGCUGGUUCUGUCCCAGUGGUGAAGAGGAUGACAGAUUUGACAGCUGCAUGAUCUUCUCUAAUCUUCAUGGAGAUGCAAAGGAACAUGCGAAGCAACUAGCUUUCCUGCAGGAGGUUUCUUCUCUCAUUGUGGUCCUCAUGUCAACUUCUGACGACAAUGAAGAAAACCGAAAAUUGGUUCGUGACCUAUGGCAGUCAUCAAAAUCUCUGAUCUGUUUGCUUGAUGACAAAGAAAAGAACAUGGCUGCUAAUAAUUCUGAUAAAAGGGUGAGAAUUGGGAUCAGGAAUAGAAAUGAGGCAGAAUUAAUAGAGGAGCUCACAGUUACAGCCAGGCGAUUGCUGGAGCUCUCUCCCAUGGCUCCCAGCUUAGAGGACUGUGCCAGGACUGCUCGCAGGCAAGGAUUCCUUAUUGAUGAAGAUCAAACAGAUUGCAGGGAAGCCAAAGAAAAAGCAGAGAUUCUGAUAACCAUAAUGGGAGAAACUACGGUAUCCCAGAUGAAGGAAAGUUUACUGCCACUUCAAGGAAGACUAUGGCACCUUUGGUGUAAAAAGGACAAAGAACUGUAUCAUCUGAAAGAAAAAGGAAAUCAUAGCAUAGAGCAACACAAGAGUGAGACCGAAGAAGAAAAACAAAAAAUACGACAACAACAGCUGACCAGAGCAUUUCCCCACAAUGACUUGAUUAGAUCUGUCCUUGAAAUUCUGCAGAGCAAUUCAGAAAUUCACACCAAGCUCUACUUCUUACAAUGGCUGAGUGUGCUCAUGGACAAUAUGACUGCAGGACAGCUGGAAAUACUAAAUAAAAAGAAACAGUCUUUGUGGUCACAGGUACAAACAGAAAAACUAAAGGCGAUAAAAAGCAAUGAAAUGAAUAGUUGGCAAAAUGAGAUAGAAGCUCUUUCAACUGAGAUAACUGAUUGCACUUUGGGAGUUGAGCACAUUCUCAGAGAAAUUGGUCAGAUCUAUGAAGCUCUGGAAGAAACAUCCUCCACAAAAGAUGAACGUUUUCACUCCCUUCCAGAAAUUGCUGCAGAUCUGAUGAUAUCUGGGGUUCCCAUUGAACUGAUGGAUGGGGAAGCUGCAUAUGUGCCUCUAAAGUGGGUGGCAGCUGUUUUUGACAAGGUCUCUGAGAAACUGGGGGACAAGCGACUGUUUGUUCUCUCUGUCCUGGGCCUACAGAGCUCAGGGAAGUCCACCUUGCUGAACGCCCUAUUUGGGCUGCAGUUCACUGUCAGUGCUGGCAGAUGCACCCAGGGGGCAUAUAUGCAGCUCCUCAAGGUGGAGGAGACAUUCACAGAGGAACUUGGAUUUGACUUUUUACUUGUCGUGGACACAGAAGGGCUCCGCGCCCCAGAACUCAGCAGCAAAUCCCAGAAUCGUGACAAUGAGUUGGCCACCUUUGUCAUUGGACUUGGAAACUUGACUCUCAUCAAUAUUUUUGGGGAAAACCCUUCAGAAAUGCAAGAUAUCCUACAAAUUGUUGUCCAAGCCUUUCUGAGGAUGAAGAAAGUGAAGAUAUCCCCAAGUUGUCUCUUUGUCCAUCAGAAUGUGGGGGAAGUUACAGCUAAGGAGCAAAACAUGGAAGGACGAAGGCGGCUAGUGCAGAGGUUAGAUGAAAUGGCAGCUACAGCAGCUGAACAAGAACAGUACUCAGAUGUAACCUGCUUCAGUGACGUCAUUAAGUUUGAUGCUAACACUCAAGUCUUCUACUUUGCCCACCUCUGGGAUGGCAACCCUCCAAUGGCCCCCCCCAAUCCUCGCUAUAGCCACAACAUCCAGGAACUAAAAAGUAGAAUUCUAACUGACAAACAAGAAUCUAGGGAAAAUAUCAUGACAAUAUCAGAAGUAAAACUCCGAGUUCAAGACUUGUGGAGGGCCCUGAUAAGUGAGAACUUCAUUUUCAGUUUCAAGAAUACCAGAGAGGUCAUGGCCAUGAGCAAAUUGGAAGCCAUGUAUAACUUAUGGUCCUGGAAGCUGAGGAGUCAUGUACUGGGCUUGUAUAAUCAACUGAUCAACAAGAUUCAUAAUGGAAAAAUCCAGACAAUCACCACAAGCACACUUGAGAUUCCAGUUACAGAAAAAUAUGAAGCCAUCAAGGAGGAACUUGAAAAAUACUUUAGUGAAGAUACCAAUAGGCAAAUACUAGUUCAGUGGAAAGCAAACUUUGAAAGUAAGUUAAUAAACCUUAAAGAAGCACUUGUUUUUGACAGCAAAAGAAAAGCUGAUCAACUUAUUAGUUUCAAAAAUAGUCAAGAAAAUGUGGAUAGCAAAAAGGCAGGCUAUGAAAAGGAAAUACUGACAAGAAGUAGAGAGUUGGCUAUAACUGUCAAAGGCACAAAACUGAGUGAGAAAGAACUGCAUGAGACAUUCAAUAGCCUUUGGAAAACAUGGGUCUGUGAUGUGGCUUCAACUUUCCAGCCCAUUCCAGAACCAGCAAUUGAUGUGGAUGCUGAAGAUAUCCUUCUGAAAUAUUUCAACAAGGAAAAAAACAUGGGGGACACACUGAGGAAAUAUUCUGGACAGAAGUUUCAAAUCAAAUAUGACAAGCAUAUAAACAUGAACAAGAUAUAUGGUUUCUUUUCAAGGCAAGUAGAGGUCCAAGAUAAAGAGUCCAUAGAUGUAACUACUGACAGCAUUGUUUCAAGAUUUAAUGAAACUAUUAAUGAUAUUUUGGGAGGAAAGUGUGACUAUAAUUCAAGUUAUUUCCAUGAAUUUCUGAAAAUAAUAGAAGAAGAAGUGAUGUCUGCAUCCACUCAUGAAAGAUACACAUUUACAAAUAAAUAUAAAAUUGACUUAGCUCUGAGUUUAUUUCAAAUAGCAUCAGAGAAAUUUAAAGAGAUGCACAAGGCUUUCAAGAGAGCAAAUGAUCCUACCAACUACCUGGAAAGCAAGAAAAAUGAUUUCUUCCUGAGCUUUAAAAUCUCAUGUCAAGGAGCAACAUCAAUCAAAGCAUUUGUUGACUUCCUCUGGCAGAAACUCACCCCUGCUGUCUCUGACACCAUGUGGAAAAGAAUGGUACUUAAAAUUGCUGGGGACAUGCGUGCAACCUGCCCUGCCUUCAGUGGAAACAGGUCUAACCUGGAGAAACACAUUCUCAUCUUUUUAGCAGAAAAAGAAAACUUUGAUUAUUACUGGCAGUACCUAUAUAAACCAGAAUCAUUUUUUAAUAAAUACAUCGAAAAACAGAUUAAAAGAUAUCUUUCAGAAGGAAGUGAAAAAAUGAAGAAUUUUAUAAAGAUAGGUUUGGAGGACAUCAAGAAUGUCACCCUCAGUGCCAUUACUGAAUCUACUGUAAUAGCUAGAAGUAAAAGCUGCACUGUGUCUGAAUGGCUGGAUUUGUUCUGUGGUCACGUGGAGAGUGAUCUGAUUUUUCCACGAAAAGACCUGAUAAACAUUGAUCACCAGGAAGUAAAAGAUGUUGAAUUUCUCAAAGAAGCCAUGGUUAAAGCUUUGGGUCCUGCAAUGGACACUGUAGAACAGAACUGUCUGAGUAUGUCUGUGGAGGAAAUGGUUCCUGAAAUCAGGAAAAUCCUCUCUGAACAUCUCAGUGGCUGCUGGAAACAGUGUCCCUUCUGUGGAGCAAUUUGUACAAACACAAUCCCUAACCAUGACGGAGACCACAGUGUUCCUUUUCACCGGCCAAAUGGAAUCAAAGGAUGGCAUUAUCAUAAAACAGAUAUAUUUACCCUUAAUAUCUGUAAUACUUCUGUAGCAAGUGACCACUCCUUUAUAUUGUCAGAUGGCAGGAAAUUCCCAUAUAAGAACUACCGACAGGCAGGAGGGGAGUAUGCCACAUGGAGCAUCACCCCUGAUUUAUCCACCCAGCCAUACUGGAAAUGGUUUGUCUGUCACUUCAGACAGGACCUAGAAGAAGCAUAUAAGAAAAGAUUUUCAGGUCUGGGUGAAAUUCCUAAUUCAUGGACAAUAAUCACAAAACAGGAUGUAAUUGAUGACUUGAACAAAAUGUAGUAGUCAAAAGAGAGUUCAGUAUCAAAAUCAAAAAUGGGUGGUGGGUAAGGGAUAGAAGGCUACCCACCCUUCCCCUAGGGAGACAACAUAAUGGUUAUGAAAAAGACUCAUGCCUGAGGCUUGGAAAAUCAGGUUCAAUCCUCAGCACCAGCACAAGUGGAGAAAGACUUGGGUGGGGAGUGGGAGUGGUGUGCAGACACCUAGCACAGGGAGAUGAGAGAUUGUAUACAUGUGGUAACAACAGUCCUAUAAGCCACUAUUUCCCCAAUCAAAUAUUAAAAAAUAAAGUGAAAUUAUUGUGCCAUCAAAAAAUAAGUAAUUUUUAAAUUGUCACUAAUUCUAUACCAACCAAAUAACAGUAAUUUUACUUAUUCUAGUACUUUUUGACUAAUUAUAUUAGCUUUCUAGGUUUGUAAUUUCAUUGU